AUGGCGCUCGUGUAUCUCAAACGCCUCAUCUUUCCCCAGAAGAAGACGAAGACAAGCGCAGGCGAACGUCAACGCCUCCUGCUCGACGUAGAACGCCAGUCUUCCGUCGACUCGGGUCUCACGAGCCAUGACUUCGACGACAAACCAGCGCCCCAAAACAGCAGCUCCUUCCUCCGCUGCAAGAUCAACCCACGCAUCAUCUCGGACGCUACCAUCGGGCUCUCCGACGGCCUGACGGUCCCCUUCGCCCUCACGGCAGGCCUCUCCGCCCUAGGAACCACCCGACUCGUCAUCUACGCCGGUUUCGCCGAACUCGUAGCCGGCGCAAUCUCCAUGGGUCUCGGCGGCUACCUGGGCGCCAAGAGCGAAGCGCAUGGCUACUACGCCGCUCUCUCGGAAACCAAAGACGUCGUCGCCCACGAUACGGAAAAGGCCUGCGGCAUGGUGCGGUCUACGUUUGCGAGGUACAAUUUCUCCGUUGCGACGAUGGAUGCGAUGGUGAGGAAUUUGAUGGAGCAGCCCGAGGGACAGGGACAGUUUGUGGAGUUUUUGAUGCGGUUUCAUCAUCAGCUCGCCGAGGCGGAUUUCACGCCUUCGAGGGCGUAUGUUUCCGGGUUGACGAUUGCGAUGGGGUAUUUCUGUGGUGGAUUGGUGCCGCUGUUGCCGUAUCUGUUCUUUGAGCGCGUACGGGAGGCACUGUAUUGCAGUAUUCUGGUCAUGGCCAUUGCGCUGUUUGUUUUCGGAUGGGUGAAGACUGCGCUGGUCGGCGAGUGUAGCCGCUGGGUUUGCUUUCAGAAUGCUAUCCAGAUGCUGGUCCUGGGUGGACUUGCGGCGGGAGCUGCGAUGGGUUGUGUCAAAGCCAUUGGAGGAGGAGAAUGA